AUGGAUGAUGAAUUAGCUUUUUAGAACCUACAAAAUGGUAUGACUCUAUUUCUUAAAAUACUCAAGCCAUCGAAAGCAUGAAGAGAGAACGAGAUGAGCUCUUGCAAGAAUAUCAAAAAGAGAAAACUGAUUUCCAAGCAUUUGAUGCAUAAAUCAGGAAGAUGCAAAUGGAAUUAGACUUGAGAGUUGCUAUUUUGAAAGACAAAGAAUCCAAAUUGGCUAAUUACAAUAAGAUGAUAGAAGAGACAGACUUAACAUAUAAUCGAGUAUAAUUUUUAACUGUAACAUCGAAUAGAUUGUUGAAACAUCUAACAAACUAGCAGCUAAUUUAGAGAAAGAGACACAGUUCAUCAAAGAGCGUUUCAAGCGUCAAUUAUAAAUUUGA